GCUACCGAGAAUUUUGACAUAUUCAUUUCCAGUGGCAGCGGUGAGCGGUUUCUGCAGCAGAUUUGUGUAUAAAAAUUAGGGUGGAUUUUAAUUAAAAUGUCUAUGUUAAAAAUUGCAACGCGGUCCAUACCGCGUACAGUGCUAAGGACCAUAAAUAAUUGUGUAGAAAAAAAUUUAACUGAGUUACCAGUGGCUCAAAGAGGAGUUUGCCAAGGAAUUCAUGUUGUUCGUAAAUAUAGUGUUAACAAGGGUGUUUUAGGAAGGGAAAGUACAUUAAAAUCAUGUAAUGAACGAUUUUUCAAAACCUCUGCAUCUGUUUUCGAUAUUCAGGUAGUUAAAGUACCACCAUUUGCUGAUUCUGUAUCAGAAGGAGAUGUUAGGUUUGAAAAAAAAGUUGGUGACCAUGUCGCCGCCGACGAGGUGGUCCUUGAAAUCGAAACGGACAAGACUUCGGUCCAAGUUCCCGCUCCUGGACACGGUAUUAUCAAAGAAUUUUUGGUCGCUGAUGGAGACACAGUCAAGGCUGGCCAAGAACUCUUUAAAAUCGAUGUAACUGGAGAAGCCCCCGCUAAGGGUGCACCUGCAGCUAAAGAAGCGCCGCCACCAGCUGCUGCUCCACCACCGCCACCACCACCAGCUGUCGCUGUUGCUCCACCACCGCCUUCAGCAGCAGCGGCAAGGCCCGCCGAACCAGCAGUCGCCCCGCCAAAGAGACCCGCAGCUCCGAUCAGCUCGAUCCCCGUCGCCGCCAUCAGGCAUGCGCAGUCCUUGGAAGCAGCUACCGUCAAGCUGCCGCCCACCGACUUCACCAAGGAGAUCACCGGAACCAGGACCGAGCAACGCGUCAAGAUGAACAGAAUGAGGCUAAAGAUUGCCAGCAGAUUGAAGGAAGCUCAAAACGUCAACGCUAUGUUGACCACCUUCAACGAGAUUGAUAUGACGAACAUUAUCGAAUUUAGAAAACAACACCAAGAAGCGUUCCAGAAGAAGCACAACCUAAAACUUGGUUUCAUGUCCGCUUUCUUGAAGGCCUCCGCCUACGCCCUUCAAGAUCAACCCGUUGUGAACGCCGUCAUAGACGGCCAAGAGAUCAUCUACAGGGACUACGUCGAUAUUUCCGUCGCUGUGGCCACUCCAAAGGGUCUCGUGGUGCCCGUCAUCAGAAACGUCGAGAAGAUGUCGUUUGCUGACAUUGAAAUCAGUAUGGCUCAGAUGGGAGAGAAAGCAAGAAAAGGACAACUUGCCGUUGAAGACAUGGAUGGCGGUACCUUCACUGUGAGCAAUGGGGGAGUAUUUGGUUCCCUGAUGGGUACACCCAUCAUUAACCCACCUCAAUCUUCUAUCUUGGGCAUGCAUGGUACCUUUGAAAGACCUGUAGCCAUUAAGGGACAGGUACAAAUUAGACCAAUGAUGUACAUUGCAUUGACCUACGAUCACAGGUUGAUUGAUGGACGUGAGGCUGUUUUCUUCCUCCGUAAAAUUAAGGCCGGAGUCGAAGAUCCACGUAUUAUUUUGGCCGGACUUUAAACUGCCACUUAAAACCAGUAAAUUAAUUUGUAAAAACCCACCUUAUUUUAAAAUAUUUUAUUGUUAAACUGCUUAGGAACACAUUUUAGAUUAAGUCCAAAGUUAUGUUCUAUUGAACAGUUUUACAAUCAAGGUAUUUUUUUAUCAUGCACCACAUUUUUAACAGAUUUGUAAAAUAUGUAAUUAUUGUAUAAUUUUAAAUUUAUUUUUAAUUUUAUUCGAUUAAAUAUUCAAGAGUAAUAAGCUGAUUUAAAAUUAAAAUUUUAUUUAUUUGUAACAUGUUUAUCAUGUUUUGAUAUUAGGACAUUUAGAGUCCUUAAUGUAUUAUUAUUAUUUGUUAAAUAUAUAAAUUUGACAUA